AUGGGUGGCGCCAUGGACAUGAUGAAUGGUAAGAUGGCAGAUGCUAUGAACUGCAUGGAGAAGGAGAUGGAGGUCAGCUGUCAAGACGAAACCUACCGCAAGCAGGUCUUCGUGCCAUUCUGGUACUGCAUGGUAGCAGUUGGUGAGAGAGAUCCUGGUCCAGUCCCACCUUGCAACGGCCCCAUCAAGUUCGGCGAUGCCUCGAAGUGCAAGAAGACUGAGAAGCAGAUCAAAGAUGAAAUUGAAAUGGCCAAAUCAAUGUGCUUUGACAAGCUUAAGCAGCUUUAUGAUUUGCAAGGAAAGCUAGGCCAGUGUGCUGCUGAUAUUAGCACUGAGAAGCAGAAGGUCGAGGAAGAGCGCCAGGGAUUGCAGGACAUCCAGCAAGAAACUCAGGAGUGUGAGAAGAAGAGCGCAACGGCCAAGGCCGAACAGUCCAUGGCUGGCUUCAGUGCAGAUGAGUCCUCAGGUGGCCAAUUCUGUCCUGCCUUUGCUGCGGAGCUCAAGGCAGCCUUUGCCAAGUACACGCUUGCCGUCGAACAGUGCAUCAGUGUCCAAAUUUCAGCCCAAGUGCAUAUCCCGGAGAUCAACAUUAAGAUCCCUGAGAUCCAAGUGGGUGAGAUAAGUGGAACUUCUUUCAACAUCCAGAUGCCUGACUUCAAGGCCCCGGACUUCACUGGCGACAUUGUUGUCCCCAGCGGAGGCGGGAAGCUGAAUGUUGCGACCGGCAAUGCAGGUCAGCCAGGGUCAAAGGAGUCAAAGCUGACCUUCGACGACCGUGUUGCAAAGAUAAAGGCAGACAUCAAGGAUUGCGAAGAAGCAAAGCCAAAGGUCCAAGAGAAACACAACGAGCUUGCGGCAAUGAAGGGGAAAGUCGCAGAUCAGAAGCAGAAGGCGUGUGAAGAGCCCAGCAGCUUGCUGGAGUUGGGAGCUAGCCCGGAGGCACAGGUUGCCAUCCAGGUCUUCAGCAUGAUGAAGAUGACUUGGGGCUGUGCCGGUGUCGCUGCAUCACUUGAUGCAGAGGAUGGGCUCCUCGCGGUCCUGCAGAAGUGCUGA